AUGAAGAACAUUUUGAGGGCGGCGUUGGCAGUAUGCUUUCUAGCCGACAGUGUAUUGGCAGAUCCUGUCCCACAUGGCCCUGGUCUUGGCUGGAACGGCUGGCGCCCGUAUGGACCGAACGACCCAGCAAACAACGGCGAGAUCGACUAUGUCGUCGUCGGAGGCGGAGUUGCGGGUCUUGUGAUGGCCGAGCAGCUGUCGAGGAAUCCAAGCGUACAUGUCGUGCUCCUAGAAGCCGGUCCCGACGGAACGAAUGAGCCGAAUAUCAACACGCCGGCAUUUGCUGCCCAAGCGAACGUGAAUACUCGAUAUGUUUGGAACUUCACGUCACAGCCAGACGCCAACCUGGACGGACGGACUCCUGCGUUGCAGCAAGGCCACGUUUGGGGCGGCGGUAGCGCUGUGAAUUAUAUGGCCUAUUCCCGCGGGGCUGCUUCUGUGUUCGACCAGUGGGCCAACAUAUCCGGCAUCGAAAGUCUGCGAUGGAGCAGCCUCUUCAACGAUUUCAAAGCGACUUCGCGUUUCACCAGCGAUCCUCAGAAGUUCAACUCCUACAUCGACGAGAGUGCCUAUGGCAACGGUCCACUGGAAGUCACGGUCGGAGGGUACACCUUCAACUUCAGCCUCAAAUGGGCCGAUGCACUCCAUGAAGUCCUUCGGUUGCCCUUUGUCGACAUGAGCGAUGGCAAGGGUCUAGGCAUCACUUUCGGACCAGCUACGAUCCGGGCUUCGAAUCGAACAAGGGACUACGCCCUAGAAGCUUAUGGGUGGCAAAUGGCCAAUCGACCCAACGUGCAGCUUAUCGACAACGCCUGGGUCAGCAAGAUCGGCUUCUCGGGCAAGCGAGCUACGAAUGUCACGUAUCUCUCGAGCGUCGACGAUACUGUUCAUACAAUUUGCGGGAAAGAGAUCAUCCUCACUGCUGGGGCGAUCAACAGUCCCAAGCUACUCAUGCUGAGCGGCGUCGGACCCAAAGAUCAUCUAGAAUCCAAAGGUAUUCCCGUUAUAGCAGAUAUCCCGGCUAUCGGCUCCAACUUGUACGAUCACCACUUCUCCGUGAUCGAAUACGAGAUGAUUGCGGACGUGGGAACUUCGUGGCAAUUGCAAAAUAACGCCACCUUCGCGACCAUCAACAAGGAAGAGUACGCCAAAGAUGGAGGCGGUUUCCUCGGUGUACCAGGUGGUGGCUAUGCUCUGGAGCGCGUGCCGGAUGCUGUCUUCGAGGCCGUCAACGACACCUUCCACCCUUCCCUCCCCGCCGAUCGUGGACAAUUACUCUACCAGUACGUUCCGGCUCCCUUCCUGCCCAACGCGCCCAACUCGAGCAUCAUCUCUCCCUUUGUUGCUCUCGUGCAGCCCGAAGCGACUGGAUACAUCCGCCUCAACUCCUCCGAUUUCCGCGACGACCCGCUCAUCUACUCCAACUACUACGGCUCUCCCGGCGACAAAGCCGCCAUCCUCUACGGCUACAAGAAACUCCGCCAAGUCAUGCAGAAUCCCUCCGCCGCACAGAGUGUCGUGAGGGAAGUCUUCCCCGGCGCGAAUGUCACGAGUGAUGCGGAUCUCUGGAAGGCGAUCCAGCAGAGUGCUACCACGUUUCAUCACCCUCUGGGUGCCGUGGCGUUGGGCAAAGUCUUGGAUGAGGAAUGGAGGGUUAGGGGAUUGCAGGGGUUGAGGGUUGUGGAUUCGAGUACGUUUCCCACGCCGCCGGUGGCGCAUUUGCAGGCUGUCGUCUAUGCUUAUGCGCAUCACGCGGCGGGAGUUAUUAGAGAAAGGGAUGGGCAUCGGUGGAGAUGA